CGUUCACACUCCAGUCCAGCUGGUGGCGGUAAUGCACCUUUAAGUUGGUUUGCCAACCGCCAAUAAACCAUAGGGAAGAAGAAGAAGCUGAAGAAAUAUUUUCGCUUCAGAUUUUCGUUGACGAAAAUCAUUUCUUCUGCUGUGUGAGUGUAACUUUAUGGCCAAAUACAUGAGGCCUCCAAACACGUCUUUGUUCGUCAGAAACAUUUCCGAUGAGUCCAGAAAAUGUAAAAGCAUCCAGUUGUGGAACCGGCCACAAAGAGUAACAAAGACCCGUGUAGAGUAGCUGUAAAGACAAGUCACACAGACCUUCAGGAUCAGAGGGAGGGAAAAGGUUGAAAAGAGAAAGUAAAGCAUGAAGAGGAAAAGGGAACGGAGACAAAGCUUGGAUAUGGCGGCAAAGAAUUGGGAAAAGAAAAGAGUUUUGAGAGGAAAAGGCAAGCAGGAAACCCGAGUCUCUGUGGGAGUCGAUUAAAGAGUGUAAAGAUCAAGAUGAAGUUCAAAGUCAAGCAUGGGCGAAGCAUAUUUGAGGAUGUGCGAGAUGCAGAAGAUGCUCUUCACAGCCUGGACAGGAAGUGGGUUUGUGGCCGGCAGAUUGAAAUCCAGUUUGCCCAGGGUGACAGAAAGACACCAAAUCAGAUGAAGUCAAAGGAAAGGCAUUCUCCAGGCAGGUCAUCUCGAUACGACGACUACGAUCGAGACAGCCGGCGCAGACGGUCGCGCAGUCGCAGCUACGACAGAUACAGGUCACGCAGCCCUUCUUAUGAUCGACAUCGCAGACGAUCCGAGAGUCCUCGAGAGUCUCGUGGACGAGGGUAUGGAGGAAGAAGCAGGAGCCGCGAGGAUGAAAGAUACAGGCCGAGGCCUCGGAGAGAGUCCAGAGGAAGAUCUCGUUCACGCUCAAAAUCUGCAUCUCCGCGAGAAAAUGCCAACCCAGCGUCAACUUCCCAUUACACCGAGGAAGAAGUACGACGGACACACUCCCCAUCCCGCUCCAGGUCCCGGUCUGCAUCAAGAUCCCGCUCUCGUUCGCGUUCUCGGUCCCGAUCCUGGGCUGGACGCAAGUCAGGCGGACGCUAGAAUAGUACCUGCUCCCCCUAUUAUCUGUAUAUGUCAGAUGCACCAGAGCUGGUUCAUUUGUCAACAAAUGUUCAUUUUGACAUGAAUGUAACGUCCACUGAAACGUUGGUAGAAAGCUUGUUUUUGCAGCUCUAUUUUAAGAACAAUGGUGGUCCUUUGUUUGGUUUUAUGAAAUUUCGUUGAUGAGAUUUUCCCGAUUUAGAAAGAUGAUGCAGUCAGUGGCGGUUUCUGUGUUGAGUGGUAGUCGGCCAGGAAUAAUUGUCUUUUUUAUAUACGGUUAUUGAUAGGUUUGUUUUCUAAACCCUAUGCACCCAUUUUUGCAAAAAAAGAACAUUCAGUAUUUUAAAAUGAAUCCAGUCAGUUGAUGGACCAAACCAGCGUUUUCUGUGUGCUUUAUCGCAUUUAUAACAAAUCAUGUACUUUUUACUCUACUGCUGACCUGAUUUUUCUUCCUUUCUUUCAGCCACAGGUGUUCAUUUGUUUUACUGUAUCGAAAUGUUUGUUUAAAAACAUGUCAGUGAACAUUAUUGAGAUGAUCAUCAACAUCAAUUGUCAAAGUAGCAGACUGAAUUGAAAAGUGCACUGCAUUAACCUGCAAAUAUAACUCUAUAACACAAAUAUAAAUCUAAAAAAAAAGCAUACUUUGACAUUCAAGUUUUAGUCUCUGCAAGACAAUGAUUGUCAUACUUUGAAAACGAGUCAGUGGCUGCCAGGAAGAAAAACAAAAAAUGCAAAGGAUAUGGUCUGAGUUGGAAAAUGAUCAGCAGUAGCGUCAAGUAUGAAUAUUGAGGCAAAAAUACACAGAAACGCUGCUGUGGUCCUUAAGUGUUAAGAUGUUGUCGACCAUUGACUUUAACCACAAGCUGUU